CUGUUUUGCCCAUGACUGUAACUGGUGAGAGAUCUCCCCCUGUGUUUCUUUUGGCCCAUGACUCUUCUAUUGUAUUUUCUCUCCCCUGUCCAGUUGAGGAGGGCAGUGGUAGAGCAGCUUUGGUGAGCACCUGGUAUCCAGCCUGGGUCAAUUCACCAGAAAAUUAAAUUUAUAAUCUGCUUCCUCCUGUGCUAAUGGGUGUAGGUUUGAGGAGUAAUUAGUUUGUCACAGAUCCAGUUUCUUAGUAAUGAUUGAUAAAUGGUUGUUUUUACAUAGCCCACACAGGCACAGGGUGUGCAUGAACAGUAAACCGCGGUUUGUAGAGAGCUCACUGGAGCCUGCUCACCUCUCUUCACUUAAAUAAGCCCUACAUGUUUUAGCUGUUGUGGAAAAUAUGCAGAAUAUUCUGAUAACCUCUUAUCUGAUGCUCAGACCCUGAAUGCAGAGGUUGACAUGGAUCAUUCCGAUGUGCAGAUCACAACCAUAGACAUUCACAUAAACCACUUUGUGCAGACAUUUGAUUAACUUUCUUUCAUCCUUUCAGAAUUAGUCCAAGUUCUGUUGGAAUCCAUGGGACAUUGAUGGGGCCAGUCAAAUACGUGAAGGACGUGAUUCUGGCAUGAGAAAACGGCAACGGAAGAAGAGGAAGAACUUACUGCAGAGGAAAAGAGGAAACUGGAAAGAAAAUUAAAAAAAGAGCGCAAGAAGAAGGAAAAGCAGCUGAUGAGGGAAGCUGGGAUCUCUAUCAAAAAGGUGGAGCCCAAAAAGCAGUCAGGAUGUGAGUUGGCUCUGGCCUAUUUAACCAGCUGGUCUGAAAACCCAGAAGAAUGGAAGUUUCAAAAGACAAGACAAACCUGGCUCCUCUUGCACAUGUAUGAUAAAGAGAAGGUUCCAGACAAGUAUUUCACCAUUUUACUGGAUUAUCUGCAAGGGCUUCAAGGCAAUGCACGAGACUUAACUGUGCAGAAAGCUGAAGCUUUUAUGAAGGAAUUUGAUGAUUCCAAUGCAGAAGACCCAAACCUCUUGGACAAGUGCGAGCGCAUACGACAAGUUCUACAGCUGCUGUCCUGAGAGUAUUUUUGUGUCUUAACAGUUGCCUGGCGGAGAGGAUAGGUUGUCAUAUAUAGAGACUAUAAAUUAGUUGUCAAGACAUAUUUUCUAAUAAGAAGCCUAAUAUUAUAUGUAUUCUGAUACUGGGUAUUCAGAUUUUGUAUGCAUAAGUUUUUCCAGUUGCACAGAUUUAUUCUGUUUUGAUGUGAUAAAAUAAAAAUAACAUAUUUGGUCCAUAGACGUGUUAUUACAGUAAUCUUAAGUGCAUAUCUUUAGAAAAAUAAACCUCUCUUCUCGUUAGUUUUUCUCCAUCUCCCCCUGUAAUUACUGUUAAAUAAGAGGAGCUUUGCAGUUCUUAAUAAGAAGAGCAAAGGAACCAACAAAAAGCCUGGAGGGUCUUUUACAAUGGCAGCUUUUAAAAUGAGCAUACAGUACAGUGUUUGCUCAGCCAGCUGUAAUCUAUCACUUUCAGCUUUAGAAGUAUGUCAUUUGGAUUUGGGAAAGAUCAUUUUCAGUCUGUUGAACAUGGGUUGUAUAACACAGUUGCUUAUUAGUACUUCACACGGUGAUCUGGGGAUACCAUCAGCUUUGUUAGUUUUCCUUUUAUAUUUUGAAGUUUUCAAAUGCAUUAUGGCAAUUGUUUAGAUAUUCAGAUAAUGCACAGAUGGGAACAGACCAAAUCCUUUGACUCUACGUAGUGAAGUCAUCUGAUUGUACCAACCCUAUGAUGAGAAGUGCUGUGCUGCAACAUUUUGUAGCUAGCCUGCCAGUAUUGCAUUUUCAUCUUUCUCUUUUAACUGGCGUCCAAAAGAGUUAAUUUGUGUUCAUUCACUUUGAUGUGAGACAUUUGUCUCCUGUGAACAUGCUGAAAAUACGAGGCUUUCAAGUAGAAAACAAGGACAUUAAUUACUCAAACGUUGGAUGAUUGGCUUAUUUAAUAACACUUGUAUUCAGUCACUGUUCUUGACCUGAUUCUUUCAUGUUUCUGCAAACAUUGUUCAUACUUUAUUAAUAACAACUAUAUGAAAAGUGUAGUGUUUAAGAAGAGUGGCUGUCUUUGGGAAUUACAGCUUUAAUUUGGGUUUGUGGAGGAGGGGAGGAUCUAUGGAUAUGCGGGCCUAAUUUUUCAAUAAGAAGCAUUUGAGUGGAUUUGACAGCCUUUACAGUCAUGGAUUAGUUGCAAAUCUUCAGAAAUAUGAAAUAUAUUACUAGUUACAAAUAACUUACGCUUUCUGACUUCUUGAAGGUGAUGUUUUCAGCAAAAAAAAGACUAGGGACCAGCAUGCCCUGCUCUAACACAAUAGCCAGCAUGGAGUGAGCAGAACUCAGCAGCAGUGACCAGCCUCUCCUCUGAGCUGCCGAUCCCUCAGCAGCAGCUCAGGUAGUGUUCAGUUACCAUGGGACAGUGAUUGGUUGGGGACUGCCAAGGAUGCAGCAAAGACCUAGAGCUUUUAGAGGCCCAGAGCUGUAUAAAAUUGACUUUGCAUUUAAAAGUUGGUGAAAAGGACCUGUAAUAAAGAGAAGCGAUACUGACAUUUAGCGAACUUGUGAAUGAUCAUUGGACUUGUGUUUUAUGUCUGAGAACAUGCAUCUGGGAAAAACUACUGCCACUCCAAACACGAGCUGAUACGUUUAUUUUCCAUCAUGAAAACCAGGAAUUUCUCACAGAUUAUGUUUUCAAAGUUUCUUUUUUUCAGCUUAAAUGAUGUCAGAGAAUUUGUGUUCUCCUUAGAUUUGAAAAUCGACACUUUUGGUUUCUCAAGUCACACAAAAAUGUGGGUCCUCAUAGUGCACUUAAUGUACCUCGUAGCUGAAAAGCCCAAGGAAGUUACAACUGUAUUUUGCACUGUAUUUUAGAGGAGACUUGUAAAAAAAGAUUGUCAAGGUAAGCUCCAGGCAAAAAGACGUGAAUCUUUUAUGAUUUUGGCAGGUUUGGCAAGAUUCGCCUUUCUCGGACCUUGGUUUCGAUUAUGUGCAAGCAUUGACAAAUCUGUGAGAAGAGAGGCUUUGUAGAUUAAGAACAUCAUAUUUCUUUUUAUUGCAAUCAAUAUUAGAAACAUAUAAGGCCUGCCAAUCUGGAGUCUGUGUGAACAGUAACAUUUGGAAAAGAGCAGUUAGAGCCUCUCACCGGUGCAGUAAUAGACCUCUGUGAAUGAGGUCCUGCUUUGCUCUCCUUCAGCUGCAGUUCCAACUUUCCCUUUGGUGCUACAGAUUCUUGGGUGAAGGACAUGGUCUCUGGCCUCUGCUUCUUGCAGCUAUGGAAAAUUCAGAAGUUAAAAACUAAGGUAAUGGUUGCUAUGUUUGGUUUUGGUAGAGAAAGCAAAGUAUGAUGUUCUUUGCCACAUGUCUCUUGGAGUAUGGUGCGGUUCAGUGGUCAGUGGUGUCUGGAAAUUGGGUGAAAGGCUUGUAAAACUUCUGCUUUGCAUUGUUACUAUGCAUGUCUUGGGUUUCAGAACUCAAUAUGAAAUAUUUUAAGUGUUGUCUUAUACUUGAUGUUGUAGUGCAAAUAAGAAAUAUCACUUAAUUGCAUUUCGUUUUUUUUACUUUGCCCCAUUUCUUAAAGACUCUUCAACUGAUUGGCAAACAAGUCAUCAUCAAAACACCCAUGAAAUGCAAAAAACCAUUUUUGGAAUACGUAUUUUUAGGCCCAUUUUAAAGACAAGAUUGUGAGCACCCAGACAGAUUACCCAGCACAGCAUGCAAAUGCAGUAACAUCUCUGGCAAUCAAAUUCUGUUUUUUCCAUGUGCUCACCACCAGGCCAGCUUCUGCUUCCUGCUCAGCUCGGCAUUUUAAUGUAGGAAUUUACAUUACAUGAUGAGUAAGUAUAGCAAGAUUUCCUCCAUCAUGUAUUUUAAAUUAUUAAGUUUAUAAUCAGUUAUUGAAUUCCUGUAGCUGAUCAAAGCUGCAUAAGAAGAUAUAAUCUGGCACUUCAUUCACUUUGUCGUUUGGUCAUGUGGAAUUCUCAGAUCUUAACACCACUUGUAGCUUAGGCAAUCGUGUGGAUAAAGAUAGGACAAAACCAUGUCUCUCCCUCCGUUUAAAUCAGUCUACUGUGUUAAUAAAAAUUGCAUCCAAAGCUAGAAGUAACAGUGUGUACAGACUGACAAAUUGCAUCUUCAUCUGCCCACUCUAAUUGUCUUCUAGUUGAGUUAAUCUGUAUUGUGGAGCUCUGGCUAGAAGAACUCAUAUCCUAAGAGAACGCUGAAGUCAGGACUUCUAGACAAAAUAAAAGAACAUUAAUUACUUAGAAUUGCUUAAAGCUGGAGCUGUGCCUCUAAUGGAAGUACUAAUUACUCAAAAAUUGGCAAUGUAGAAAGUUCCCUUUGAUUUGGCUGAUCCUUGCUAUGGAUUGUGCAUCUUCUUGGUUCUCCACUGUCUGAGCCCAAUUUUAAUUUGUUAUCAUGGUUGUAAAAUUACUGGGUAAAUGAAUUCUCUCUUCUUAUUUGGAAAGGGUGUGUCGUAGCUGUUGAAUGUGUAGUUUAUUUCCUUAUUUCCUCUCGCUGGAGAAUAGUUCUGGUGUGCUUCUGUUGAUUUUAAAGCAAGGUGACUCCUGACUGAUCCCCCGUAAUUUCCAAUAGCUUAGAAAUGCACUUCAGUUUGAGUUUAGGGUUUGUUUUUUUUGGGUUUUCUUCACUUUUGCCACUGAGUAAGGCAAAGUAAUGAACGUUAAAAUCUACUCACGUAUCUGCAAUUCCGUGUCAGAAAAACAAUCAGGAAAGAGAUUUAAGUUACAAAGUCAAGCACUCAGAAAAUUGGCAAACAUAAGAAUGGAAAUUGUCUGUGUAAUUUCAAUUUUACUCCUUCACGCCUGUAUGCUAUGAUGCAACCUCUAAUUAUGCCAUUUUCCAUCGUGUGUGACUGAUAAGUCAUUUAUUCAGUGUUUUUCUUGCAGUUCUGCUGCAAUUCCCAAUUUUGAAAUUUAGGUCUACAAAGUAAUAGUAAAGCUUAGAGAAACAGCUUUGCUGUGUGGGUUUGAUCCUGCACAGGAGAAACAAGCAGGAACUUUCCUAUUCAUUUGGUAUAGGAACUAGUCAUAGAUGUUUCAUCACAAAUGUGCCUUUUAAAACCUGUCUUAAUGUUCUGGUUCAUUUACAGUCAAAAUACUGCAUUGAUGUUGCUUAAUUUACAUCCCGUUUUGUUGACAUAAGACUUUCCAGUGGCUUAUUCUGCUUUA